AAAUUCUAUCUCAUUCGUUCUUUUUGGUGUAGCCUCCAUUUUGGACGUGUUGCAUUCUGCGUACAGCGCAAGAAUUAAAUAAUUAGCACAAUGGGUCACGCUAACAUUUGGUACUCUCACCCUCGCAGAUAUGGCCAGGGCUCUCGCUCUUGCCGCGCCUGCUCCAACAGACAUGGUCUUAUCCGCAAGUACGGUCUCAACAUCUGCAGACAGUGCUUCAGGGAAUACGCUCACGACAUCGGUUUCAAGAAGCUGGAUUAAAAUGACCAAUAAACUUUAAAUUAAG